CUCUCUGUCUGUCUGUCUCUCUCUCUCUCUCUCUCUGUCUGUCUGUCUGUCUGUCUCUCUCUCUUUCUCUCUCUCUCUCUCUGUGUGUAUGUGCUGUGUGCUGUGAGUCUCUCAGAUCCUGGCUCUGAGUUUGCUUUGGGAACUGCCCCCCUUGCUCUGUUCUAACAAGAUCUCUUGCUUCCAAGACACUUUCCAAAGAAUCCCCUGGACUCUAUUCUCUAUGUAGGUGGGGAAGGUGGGGAAGAGAGAAGUAGGCUGAAGCAAUGUCCAAGCCAUACUGGAGGCCUGGCUUUCUAGGAAAGAAUAUGUUUGAACAAAAAUAGCAAAUAAUCAAGCAAAUGGUUCAAUCAAUGGAGUCCUUGGGAAAGAAACUGAACCUUUGUCCGGCACCCUUAAAUAUUUCAGGGCCAAAGCCCAGGAAAUCUCAGGUAUCCCAAUUAGGCAUCCUGUAAUUCCUUUGGCCAGAGGAGUACUAGUGUCAGAGUUCCCCAAGGAACUGUGUAUCUGCACCACAGGGCCUCAGGCCACAGCGACAAACCCUUUUUGGGACCCAAGUGUUCAUCUCUAGCCUCUCUUCACUUCAAGGCCAUAGAGUCUAGUCACACUAUUUCCCUCCUGAGUAAAGAACUUAAAGGGACUUAGUGAGUCACCUUUACCAAGCCUCUGCUCUUCAUAGCCACAUCAUCUCCUACCCACAUCCUGGCUACCCCACUGUUCUUUCUAUAACUUCCUCUACCAUCUCCAGGACACCACCUUCCUUUUCAGGGAAUAAGGAGAGGCUUCUCCCCUCAACACCCUAUAGAACCCUUCCUCCCUAGUGGGAUGGCAGCCUUACCUGCCUUUCUCCACUUCUAAUCCCCACCCAACCAGCACCCAGAAGAGGAAAGUAAAAUUAGGGUUUGAAGGAGGAGUGUCAAGAUCAUCUGUCAUUAAUCUAGUGUGAAAACCCCCCACCACUUCCCCUUCCGGGACCCAGAGCCCCCAAUCUCUUGCUUUUGUGGGCAGGGUUCAGUCCCCUCCUAGUCCCUAGAAAUCCAAGCAUUUAGCCUGCAGAUCUCUGUAACCUCUCAGGCCCUGGCUACUGGCACUCUAGUAGCUGACCCACCUCUGGCUCCCAGGAAUUCAGGUUGCCCCCUGAAAUCCCAGGAAAUUCUCUCACCUCACAAGAUUCGGGCUCCCUGUUCUCUGGCUUCCACUGCCUAAGGCCCCAGACAUCUGGCCUCCGAGUUACUGUCCUCUUCUGAGAAUAAGAGAUCCCUGGCCAAGGAUGCGACUCUGCUGUGUGUUCGCCCUGCUCUCCGGGAGUCUUGCUCUGGCCACCUUGCUGAUUGCACUGAGUACUGAUAACUGGUUUGUCGCUGUGGGGUCCCACCACCAGGCUCACUCUGGCCUCUGGCAUCCAGAUAUGGGUUCUGUAAAAGAUUUCAUCCGGGCCACCCAAGUCUUCACCAUCCUAGCUGCUCUGGCAGGUCUGCUAUCCAUCUCCUGUCUGAUCCUCUUCAUCACUCCAUUCCUCAGCCCCAGUAUCAGCCACCUGGCCUCUUUGCUUUUUUGCAUCACUGCCUUUGCUGCAGGGCUCUGCAGCAUGGUGGGAAUGGCUGUCUACACUGGAGAGCGAUGGAAAGAGUCUGAUCCUCAGAUUCAGACCUUCUUUGCCUGGUCUUUCUACAUGGGAUGGACUUCAGUAUUCCUCUUCCUUUGCACUGGACUCCUGAGCCUUAAGGUGUAUUGGGGUGCUCACCGUCCCAACUACGACUCUCUGUGAAUUUGAGAAAUCAGCAGAACACCUUCAGUGCCCUAUGUUUACUGAAUAAAUAAAAAAUUGUCCAUUUA